UUUUCACUAUUCUAAUAAAACUCUAAAACCCCAGUCUCCCGCAAACCGCGGCGCGAACAGUAUCUCAAAGCCUGCAUAGCCGGAAGAGCUCGAAAUCCGGCCACCUGGAAUCUAUUGUGGUUUGAGAAAGUAGCUCUCAUUGUGUAUAGAUAAUGGAGGCUGAGGCAAUGCGGCAUGGCGAUGAGGAAGAAGAAGAAUUUGUUUUACUUGAUCUGGGUGUUUUGUCUGAUAAAUUUGACAUUCCUCCAAACGCUCCAUAUGUUCUCUCUGGGCUGAACACUUUGAACCCAAUAUUGAUCAUUGAUGGCAAGUUGAAACUAAUUGGAGAAUAUGAAGAAACAAUUGGAACAUGCUUUGUUUUCUCUGAAAACGAAGCUGGCCCUGUGGUUCAUGAAGAAAGAGGACCAUCAGAGGAAAACCUAUUUGCAGGCAAACGAAUGGUAGAUUCAAACCAAACUCCUAGAAAGCAAUUGGAUCCAGUUGCUCGCCUGCAAAAGAUUCUUAAGUUCAGAAUGUUUGUCGAUGAUGAUGAUGAUGCUCAAGGUGGUGAGCUGGCAAGUAAGUUUGCUGAUGUGGGAGAACAUGUGGCUAUGGGAGAACAACAAUUGCCACCAGAAGAAGUAACUAAUGAGGUGGCCGUUUCAGAAGAUCAAAACGUUGUUUUGGGUUCUAAUAGACCAAAGCGCGUAAUUAGAAGACCAGUCAAGUAUGUAAAUUAGAGAAGUUUUGAGUCAUGGGUUGUGUGAUUGUGUGAAUUGGAUUUAAUCUAUUUUGCGUAACUGAAUUGGUUGCCAACCAUUUGUAACGGAUUUCAAUUUAAUAAAAGGAUGUGGAUGGUAGGGGGAAGCCUCGUAUAGAAUCAA